AGAGAACCAGUCAACUUCCCCUGUCAGUGGAGAUGUCUGUAAGGAGUCUGGUGAAAAGACUACUGUUCCAUAUUGGAAACCAGGAGAAAUAAAUAAUGCCCUUUGUAUGGAUUACAGGGAUAAAAAUGCUUUUAACUGCUGUGGACAACCAGAACAGACAACUGAAAAGAACACUAUGCCAUUUAGGAAACCAGGGGAUGGACACACAGCCAAACACAAAUUACACAGUGUGAACGGGACAACUUUAGAGGCAGGGACAAGAAUAAAUGCCACCACGUCCUGUGGAGUUUCGUCAAGUCUGACUGAUUCCAAACAGGCAGAUGUGACCUCCGCCAAACCCUUUCGAUUACAAUUUUGUUCAAGUGAAAUUUCAGGGAUGAACACGAGCGUCAUUCAGCCUCAUGAAGGGCUCCAAAACAGAAAUGAUUCCACGGUUAUGAGUCGAAACAUUUCCAAAUCUCUUCACGCACCACAGAGCAGACGUGAAUCCGUUCUGUCAGAUGGAAGAAGCUCCUCUCUGUCCACAGCGGUGGUGGACACCUCGGAGAAAUGUGAAGUGGUCAUUGUCCAAGGUCAAAACGUCAGGAGAAGAGAAAGGACCGACUCCUGUGCAGAGAUGGUUCCUCAGCUGCAUGUCGUCAAAUGUAGAAACGCUACAGCCUUUGGACUCGUGUCACCUAAAAUCAACAGGAGGAAGAUUAUGAGCAAAGAUGCUGCACAGCCUGGCAGUGUCUCCACACCCAUCAGAAAUGGACUUCAAUCAGACAAUAAAACUGAGAGUGAUCGGCCUCCAUCAGCAGAGAUGAACAAGACCCCCCAGUUCAGCUCUGCUCCUCCCAGGCCCGACCACCUCCCGCUGGGAUCCCCAGACCCCAGAACUCACCCCGUCCAUCUGGGAUUAGCAUCUCUCACAGGCGGCAGAGACAGGACGGGCAGGGCGAUAGUUGAGCUCUAUGGCGCCCACCAGGGAUGGAGGUCAGCUGUAACUAGCCUGGAGCUCUACCACAUGCUACUCUACUUCCACUCCAUCACCAGGAGAGAAGUUAGAGAAGCUGGGAUGACGCUCAUAUUUGAUGCAAGGCGGAGCCCUCCUCAGCCACAGCUCUAUAAGGCCUUGAUGACCCUUCAGGAACAGACUCCCCAAGCACUGAACAAUGUGGUGCUGCUGAUGGACAAGGACACCAGCCACCGGCCAGAGAAGUGUCCCGGCGUCCAGAGCGAAGUGGUGACCUCGAUGAAAGCGUUGUACAAGCUGGUGGAGGCAAGUCAGCUGACCUCCAACCUGGACGGCACGCUGUCUCACAGCCACUGUGAUUGGCUGGAGCUGCACCAGAAACUCUUCCCGUUUGUGUCAGAUCUUCACGAGGCGUCCGGCCUGUUGCUGAGAGCCAUCAGUAAGUUAGAGGACGAGCAGAGGAUCGACACUGUGCAGGCUGUCCAGCAGUGCAUGACGGACCAGAGGACUCUGAUGAGGGAUGUUCUGCAGGACAGCCGAUUGGUCAGCUUGCAAAGGGAGGGCGGGGCCAUGCUGGCCAGGCUGAGGAAAGAGAGUGACCUCAAAUACCCCCACUGCGAGGACCUCAGCGAUGCAGUGGACUCGGUGACCAGCCUGUACAACCACGUGGAGGAGCAGGCUCACGUCCUGGUGCAGAGGUCCAACGUGUCCCUGGAGCACCUCGACUAUCUGCUGCGACUCAGAGAGAUGGAGGGACAUUUCAUGCAGAUCCAAGAGUGGUUUGACACAGAGGGAGAGCGCCACCUGCUGGAGACAGAAACAUUAGAGGACUCCAGAGACAGCAUAGAACAUACACUCAACAGCUUCACUGCUUUUCUUAUCGAGGCCAUCGACCGCCAACAUCAUGCCAUGUCUUUAGUGUCCGAGGCAGAGAGACUCCAGGGAAGUGGAGUGUCUUACCCAGAGACUGAGGGGUUCAGGACUCUUGUCUGCAGCUUCAAGUCGGGCCUGGAGGACUUCAUGUCCAGGGCAGAGGCGUGCGGCCGGGAGCUGCAGAUCAUGGUCGGCGUGUCUGACUUCUGUGAGCAGGCCACAGCCCUCGCCACAGAAUGCAAAGAUUACCUGGAACAGAAUCACAGCAGCGCAGCACAAGACCAGUUCUACAACCCUGAGCAGAUCCCCACCCCUCUCAGUGAGGCCAACACUCAGCCAAUAUCAGCUAAUAUCCACACAGAACAAGGCUCUGGGCCAGCCACCGCCAAUGCUUCACCACCAGGCGAUGCCACCACCAUCCUGCAGACUUACCAAGACAGGUUCCUCCAGUUCAGCCCAGAGCGCUUCCAGGAGAUGAAGGCCCAGGCCAGCGCCCUGCGGAGCUCCAGGGGCAUGCGGGUCUGGAACGUCGCCUGGCUGAAGUGUCAGGAAGCCCGGCAGCAGCUUCAGGAGAGGAUGCAGGAUGUGGAUGAGGUCUAUCACCAGCAGCCGCACACUAGCACCUGGUGUGAACGCCAGUAUGUUGACGAGGUGUGUGCAGAUGUGCAGACAGCGCCCCCCGACUGUCAGGGUGUGCCGUUGCAGUCGACUCCUGGGCCGGGACACCCGCAGUGGGAGGACAUCAUCUCAGGGGCAGUGGACAUCGGGAAGAGAAGGCCGAUCCUUGGGACCAGCAGCACAAACUCAACAACUGUGGCCUGCUGUAACAUCAUCGCCAAACCUGAUGAGGGGGACGAUGCUAGAAACAACAAGGGGUCAAAGGUCACUCCGCAGUCCCCUCACAGAUCAGCAAGGAGAGCGGAGAGAGAGACAAGAAGAGAGAUGACCAGCAGAGGGAGGAGGGAGAGAGAUGCUGCCGCUCUCUCUCAGUCCCACACCGUCGGCUGCCAGUGGUUUCCAUGGAGACGUGGCCUGGGAGCACGGUCGGUGAGCGAGGACUCGUGCUCCACAGCGACACCGGCGGGGUCGUCCACUCCACCAGAGCCGCGGGUUCGAGCCCCGUCAGUCUGCUCCCACCACGGUCAGCCGUCUUGCAGGAUCCUGCAGGAGGCCCAGAGGUUCCAGCUGUCCCGCCACGGGAGCUUCUGCUCCAGCAAGUCCUGCACGGCAGAGGAGGGCGCUGCAGGCGGCAACGGGACGUCAGGCUGCAAACACUCAAGCCUGCCCAUCAGGAGAUGUGAGGGGACAUUUUGUCUGGCAAGCCCACAGGAGAGCGCCAGCAAUGCCCUGAGGCUGCAGCGUGUGCUGGAGGAGCUGGUGUUCACAGAGAGAGAGUACGUCCGCUCCCUGGGUUACAUCCUGACUCACUACCACCCCCUGCUGGAAAGGCCCGACAUCCCCCAGGACCUCAGGGGCAAGCGAGGCGUCAUCUUCGGCAACCUGGAGAAGCUGUAUGACUUCCACAGCCACUACUUCCUGCCGGAGCUGGAGGCCUGCCAGAGGGAGCCGGGCAUGGUGGCUCGCUGCUUCCUCAGACAUAGGGAGAGUUUUGGCCUCUACGCUCUCUACAGCAAGAACAAGCCUCAGUCCGAUGCUCUGAUCCUGCACCGUCGCCAUGACAUCUUCAAGAGGAAGCAGCAGGAGCUCGGGGACAUGAUGGACCUUUCCUCCUACCUGCUGAGGCCCAUCCAGAGGAUCAGCAAAUACAGCCUUCUGCUGCAGGACAUGCUCACUCUGGCUGGAUCAUGCAGAGUGAAGGAUAUCGUCCAGGAUACAUUGCACACAUCAAGUGUGUGUGCACAAAGUGUGUGUGGCGCAGGCGUGUGUGUUCCUGAUGUAACAAGCGUUGAGAAGGAGAAGGCUGAGAUCCAGGCGGCUGCAGAGCUGGUUCGGUUUCAGAUGCGUCACGGCAACGACCUCCUUACCAUGGACGCCAUCCAGGACUGUGAUGUGAAUUUAAAGGAGCAGGGCCAGCUGAUUCGUCAGGAUGAGUUCACAGUUUUCUUCAGGAAGAAGAAGUGUGUCCGACGUGUCUUUCUCUUUGAAGAUCUCAUCCUCUUCAGCAAGACCAAGAGGACUGACAUUGGCAAUGAUGUUUAUGUCUACAAACAGUCUUUCAAGACGUGCGACAUCGGGAUGACCCAUAACUCCGGGAUGAGCGGCCUGUGUUUUGAGAUCUGGUUCCGCAGAAGGAAGAGUGAAGACACGUACACCCUGAGGGCCUCCAGCAUGGAGGUGAAGAAGGCCUGGACCACCGACCUGGAGAGGAUUCUGUGGGACCAGGCCACACACAGCAGAGAGCUGCGUUUGCAGGAGAGGGUGUUCAUGGGAAUGGACCGGAAACCCUUCAUGGACAUUCAGCCCAGUGAAGCCGCCAUCUGUGACCGAGCCGUCAACUGUGUCCUGCCAGGCAGAAUCCCUGUGGCGUGUUGUUCACACAGGGGUUUAGACUACCCACGGCCGCACUCCAUUGGCUCUGGCAGCACCGCGUCCACCACCCUCAGCCAAUCAUCUUCCUCCUCCGGCCGAGGCUCCUUGCCCCCUCUUGGCUAUCCCGGAAACCAUCUGCAGGGAGUGGAGGCCGGUCGCGUCGUCUGCUCCACCCCUGAGGCCGUGGCCGACAACGAGCUCAACAACCACCAUCUUCAGCAGCAUCAUCUUCAUCGCCACUGUGAGCGCUGGAAACUGGGCCGCCAUCUUUUGACGGACAGCAGCGACUCGUCUGGAGAAUGCGCCGGCCUCUUCGGCGGCUCAGACCACAGCUGCCUCUCUGCCAUCGGUGGGGAGGUCGUGGACUCUUCCUCCUCAUUCGUAUCCCAGAGUUCAAAGCCCCGCCCGUCACUGUGUUGGACGCCGAGCCUGAGGAGGAACGGCUCGCCGUCCGUCACCAGGAAGAAACCGAGCGUCGCCCCCAAACCGCAGGGCCUCGCUGACUCUCAGGGCCAUGAAAUUGUCAUUGGAAAGUCAACAGAAGUCUAACCUGUGGAUCUGCUGCUGUAGAUCAUUUGUCCGGUCCUGUCUCAGGUCUUCAGGUCACGCUGCACUUCCUGGAAAAAAAAAGAAGGGAUGGAAUAACUCGUCCUAAACGCCCACCUUCCCAAAAAAAAAGUUACUUUGGGAAGCAACACUGA